AUGAUCGAGUGGAACGUGCAUGAUCCAUCUGGUCAGGAAGCAGCGGCAGGAAUGUGGGACAGCCAUAUUAGGUUGUAUUCACAAUGUCCCCCAGGCUCUGUCAAUAGCGCCUGUCAAGCUGCUUUCCUUGGGAUACAUUUGACUUCUGGAUCGAGUGCAUACCUUGAAGGCGCAUGGGUCUGGACCGCCGACCACGACCUUGAUACUUCCGGCUCCUCUGAAAUUUCGAUCUUUACUGGUCGCGGGAUUCUUUCCGAGUCUCAUGGCCCAGUGUGGCUUAUUGGCAUAUGCGCGCUGGUGAACGCUCAGAACCGCUGUAUUGGCCUGGCCCAGACUGAAACGUCAUAUUACCAACCCUCUCCGGCUGCUCCAGCGCCUUAUAGCACUGCCUCGACCUACAAUGACCCUACAUUUUCGAGUUCGAUCAGCAUUGGCCGCCCUGGGGAAUGUACAUUCAGUCUUCGAACGACGUCGUCAUAUUUGAACUAUAGCCAGGACGGUUUGACCACUAACGCUUGCCAAGCGCAAAUUUUCAACGUCGAUUCCGUGUCAAACGUCAUUGGAUACAGUGCGUCAACCAUAGGUACUAUAUGGGUCGGCCGCUCCAGCAAUAAUGCCGAUGGGUUCCAAGAGACUUUCACAGCUUGGAGCGAGUAG